AUGACAACUGAUGAUCACUUAAUAGUUGAGUGUUUACAAUUAGCAAAUACAUUCACAGAAUAUAUAAAUUAUGCUGAAAAACUUUUAACUUCAAAGUGCAUACCAAAUAUCGAAGAGAAUAUUUCGAAUAACUUAAAAGCAAUGAUACAUAAAAAUCAUUUUGAAUUAACACUUGAAGAUAUUCUAAUUUUAUUCAAAGCAUUGAAAACAGAUUCUACAGAUGAUUUACGUAAUAUUUUAGAACAAUCUGAAGAAUUACCCUCAUAUAUUGAGUAUUAUUUGAAGAUGUUACGAAUUACUGAUAAGAAUCAAUUACGUUUACUAUACCAAGUAUUCAAUGAAUACUACAAUCCAUAUCUACUACAGAUAUGGCUAUAUGUGCAACAAUUCCGUGGCCAACAACCAUCAAUGGAAAUAUUAUUAAACAAUGCAUGUAAGGAAAUGGAAGAAAAAUCAAAAAUUAAAGAAAAAGUUCAAACAUGUUUAAAAAUGUACUGUGAAAAAGCAAAUGACAUUCAACAAUACCAAUCAGCAAUAGAUAAUUUAACACAACAAUUAACAACUGGUGUUAUUAAACGCAUCCAAAUACCUAAUGAGAUCUCUAGAUUAGUGCCAUUUGCUGAUGUGUUAAAUCCAUACAAUUUAUCAAAGACAUGGCUAUCGUUUCGGCAGAAUCAACAAAACAGUUUUAAUAAAAGUUCAACAACAGCAACAGAAAAAUCUGAAAAAAUUUCGGAUAGUGAACAGCUUCACGAACAAAAACAUUCAUCCAUUGCUUCUAACAAUCAAACUCAACGGCCUCGAAAGUUAUCCCAGGGAAACUCAGUGGAUGAACCGGUGAAUGUUGAAAAACAACAGCCAUCUACAGAGAUACCAAUCAAUUCUUGUCUCGAUAUUUUGCAAAACACAUGUGAUUUAUUCCAACAUUUUACGAAACAUCUUCAAUCGAUUUCAAAACAAUGGAAAACUAUUCCAAUUCAAACAAUAAUUAUGACUUUCAAAGAUAUUAAUUUGAUUGAAAAUGAAAUGCAAUUAUUAACUAGUCUUUUAGAACCAAAUGCAAUUGCACCUUUAACUUGUAUUCUUGAUUAUUGGAGUAAAAAAGAUUAUAUUCAUAAAUGGUGUGAAGGAAUGGAUCGUUUAAUACAAUUGUAUAAUUUAUCAGAUGAUUAUAAAUUUUUAUCCUUAUUAGGUAAAACGACUGAAGCUACAAACGGAAAUAUGUGCUAUAACAAUUAUCAACAAUUUAACGAAAGAAUUAUUAAAAAGUACUCUCAAGAAGUGCUAGAUGUUUGUUCACAUUAUAACGAUUCAGAAGAACUUGUUAAGUUUGUUACAAAACUAAACCAAACUGAUAUGGAUAAUUUAUUAGAAGCAGUUAAUGAUUGGGAUGAAUCAUUCAUUACAACACAAACGAUUAUUGAUUUUGUUCAAUUAGGAUACUUUCUUACCAAUAUUAAUAAUUAUAGUAACAUCCAUGAACAAGCAUCAAAAACACUAAAUGAUAUUUUAUCAUAUAUAAACACAUUAUUAAAACAAAAAGAAUAUGCAGAUAUAAUCAGUUAUUUUCAAACAUGUUUAUCUGCAUUGCCUGGUAUUCAACGAUUAUAUUUACAAUUGAAUGAUAUAGAAGAAUCGAAACGUACAAAAAUAUUUCAUAUUAUUAAUAAUGCAUCAUUGAAAAUUAUUGAAAAAUAUCAGCAACAUCCUCAACAGGAUAACACAAAGAAAUAUGAUGUUUGUGUGAAACCAGAUAAAGGUGGACAAUUUAAUUAUUAUAAUUUACAUGAAUUACGGGAUAGAGCAAGAUUAAUAGAAUAUUCUGGCAAUGAAAAAAAUGUACCACGAAAAUAUACAAAAGAUGAGGAAAAACAGUUUCUACGAUGUUUCGUGUCAUUGGUUGAUGUUAUUGAAAAUGUAUUGGACAAUUUAAAUCAUUUGAAUGCUAUGGGUUAUCCAACAAUUGAAAAAUACUCAGAAAACGUAUAUAAAUGUGUUGAAUGCGAUUUUUCAGAAUUAAGUCAAUUGAAUGUGUCAUUGAAAAACAUAGUUAAACUAUGGGAAGGAAAUUUAAUUGACCUAUACAAACGUUAUCCUGAGUUAACUUAUCUAUCAGGAAAACAAUUUUGGACUGUUGAAAAGGCUUUACAAAAUUAUAAAGAAUUGAAAUCACAAGAUCAAGGUUAUCAUUUAUUAAAAUACAUCGAAAUUGAAAAUUUAGUUUCAACGAAAUUUAUUAUAAAUGAAAAUUUAAAACCUGAAGAACGAUUAGAAAAUCUUGGAAAAUUUUUAAAUGAGCAACGUAGAAGUGUAAUCAAAUCGUCAUUAGUAUCUGAACAAUCAAUCUCUACAGACAGGCAAGGAGGAAAAAUUUUCAUAACUGAAACAUCAAUUGAAGGUAGAUAUCGAGCGAUUUUAUCUUUAUUUCAUCAUGAUAAUAGCGAUCCUGCAGUAAAUCAAAUAUUAUUUUGUACAACAGAAACAAACUGGAUAGAUGUUCGAGCUUUUAUUUAUCGUUGUUUUUAUUCAUCAUCUAAUUUAUAUCAAUUCAUUGAACCUGAACAAUUGGAAUUUAAUGUACAAGAUAAAUGUUGUCAAUUGAUCAUUAAGUUAAUUGAACAUGAUCCAUCAAAUAAAUUUAAAUUAAGUAUUGUAACAACUGACAUUCAAACUCAUCUAAUUAAUGGAAUAUUACGCAUGAAUAUAGCUAAAAUUGUACGUGAUAACGAAUUAUUAAAUGAAGGUGACUUAAACAAAUAUGUCAAAAACCUAGUGAAAAAUUGUCAUAUUGUGUCAUCAAAAAUAGCAGGUUUAGGUAAAACGACAUUCAUUCAAAAUCAUGCACAAAA